UAGCAGAGAACCAUUUGUAAUGGAGCCUUCACCUCUUGAGCUGCCUGCUGACACUGUGCGACGCAUCACAGCUGAACUCAAAUGUCACCCGACGGAUGAGAGGGUUGCUCUCCAUUUAGACAAGGAAGAUAAGCUGAGGCACUUCAGAGAGUAUUUUUAUAUCCCCAAAAUGCGGGAUCUGCCUCUAAUUGAUUUAUCUUUAGUGAAUAAGGAUGAAAAUGCCAUCUAUUUCUUGGGAAAUUCUCUUGGCCAUCAACCAAAAAUGGUUAAACCAUAUAUUGAAGAAGAACUUGAUAAGUGAGCCAAAAUGGGAGGCUAUGGUCAUGACGUAGGGAAGCGUCCUUGGAUUAUAGGAGAUGAGAUUAUUGUAGGCCUUAUGAAGGACAUGGUAGGAGCCAAGGAGAAAGAAAUUGCCUUAAUGAAUGCUUUGACUGUUAAUUUACAUCUUCUGUUAUCAUUCUUUAAGCCUACGCCGAAACGGCAUAAAAUUCUUCUAGAAGCCAAAGCCUUCCCUUCUGAUCAUUAUGCUAUUGAAUCACAGUUACAACUUCACGGACUUAAUGUUGACAAAAGGAUGCGGAUGAUAAAGCCAAGAGGGGAAGAAACCUUAAGAAUAGAGGAUAUCCUUGAAGUAAUUGAGAAGGAAGGAGACUCAAUCGCAGUGGUCCUGUUCAGUGGGCUGCAUUUUUAUACUGGGCAGUUCUUUAAUAUUCCUGCCAUCACCAAAGCUGGACAAGCAAAGGGUUGUUUUGUUGGCUUUGAUCUAGCUCAUGCAGUUGGAAACGUUGAACUCCACUUACAUGACUGGGGAGUUGAUUUUGCCUGCUGGUGUUCCUACAAGUAUUUAAAUGCAGGAGCAGGAGGUAUUGCUGGUGCCUUUAUCCAUGAAAAGCACACCCAUAAAAUUAAACCCACAUUAGUGGGAUGGUUUGGCCAUGAACUAAGCACAAGAUUCAAAAUGGAUAACAAGCUGCAGUUAAUCCCAGGUGUCAGUGGAUUCCGAAUUUCAAAUCCUCCCAUUUUGUUGGUUUGUUCCUUACAAGCUAGUUUAGAGAUCUUUAAGCAGGCAACUAUGAAAGCAUUGAGGAGAAAAUCUAUUUUGCUAACUGGUUAUCUGGAAUACCCGAUGAAGCAUUACUACAGCAAAGAUAAAGCAGACACCAAGAAACCAAUGGUGAACAUAAUUACACCAUCCCAUAUAGAGGAUCGGGGUUGCCAGCUGACACUAACAUUUUCUGUUUCUAAGAAGGAUGUUUUCCAAGAACUAGAAAAAAGAGGAGUAGUCUGUGACAAGCAGGAACCAAGUGGCAUUCGAGUGGCUCCAGUUCCUCUCUACAAUUCUUUCCAUGAUGUUUAUAGAUUCAUUAAUCUGCUCACUUCUGUACUUGACUCUAUAGGAACAAAAAAUUAGCAGUGUUUUCUAGAAUAACUUAGACAAAUUAUACUGAAAGGUGCUGUGUUUAUUUUACUGGUAUUCAUUUUUUAAUUAUUGAAAAUAUUUCAAAAUUGACUGCUUAUAACUGGCAAUAAAUCAUAUACUUUA